CGGGCUCGGUGAGGGGUGCGGGUCGGCAGCGGGCAGGGCCGGCGUGGCCCCAUGCUGCUGCCGCUCGCCUGCCUGCAUGGGCGGGUGGCGCAGUGCCUAACCUCCCUGCUGGUGCUCGCAGAGCCGUUUCCCAGGCCCCGUCGCAGCGCGAAGGCGCGCAGCACAGCACCGACCAGUGCGGAGCCCGCCCCGGCAGUAGCGAAGAUGGCCGCGGAACUGUACCCGCCCGCCAGUGCCUCUGCAGCUACUGCCACCGACAUCGCCAACAGCAACGCGGCAGGCGCAGCCGAGAGCACGAAGGUCGGGCUUUGCUGUCCGCCCUGCCUGGCACCCGUCCCGUUGCCGCCCUUGCCCGCGCCGCCCCUGCCAGACAACAACAAUCCCGAGAGCCCCAACUGGCAGUCCUUCCAUCCUACGCUGCGCGAGAGGAAUGCGCUCAUGUUCAACAACGAGCUGAUGGCUGACGUCCACUUCAUCGUGGGGGCCCUGGGGGCUGCCAGACGUGUGCCCGCCCACAAGUAUGUCUUGGCUGUCGGCAGCUCAGUCUUCUAUGCCAUGUUCUACGGGGAUCUUGCGGAAGUCAAGUCAGAAAUCCACAUUCCGGAUGUGGAGCCUGCUGCCUUCUUGGUCUUACUAAACGAUGAGAUCGAUCUGGAGGCGGACACGGUGCUUGCCACUCUGUAUGCUGCUAAGAAGUACAUCGUGCCUGCCCUAGCCAAGGCCUGCGUCAACUUUCUGGAAACAAGUCUGGAAGCCAAAAAUGCUUGUGUCCUGCUGUCCCAGAGCCGACUGUUUGAGGAGCCUGAACUGACCCAGAGAUGCUGGGAAGUCAUUGAUGCACAAGCUGAAAUGGCCCUGAGGUCUGAAGGCUUCUGUGAAAUUGACCGGCAGACACUGGAGAUCAUUGUGACCAGGGAGGCCCUCAAUACCAAGGAGGCUGUGGUCUUCGAGGCCGUCCUGAACUGGGCUGAGGCAGAAUGUAAGAGACAGGGCCUCCCAGUCACUCCUCACAACAAGAGGCAUGUUUUGGGAAGAGCCCUCUACCUGGUCCGAAUUCCAACUAUGACCUUAGAAGAGUUUGCCAAUGGUGCCGCCCAGUCAGACAUCCUGACCUUAGAAGAGACCCACAACAUCUUCCUUUGGUACACUGCUGCCAAAAAACCCCUCCUUGACUUCCCCCUGACCAAGAGGAAGGGCCUUGCUCCACAAAGGUGCCACCGCUUCCAGUCUUCUGCCUACCGAAGUAACCAGUGGAGGUACCGUGGGCGCUGUGACAGCAUCCAGUUUGCAGUGGACAGAAGGGUGUUCAUUGCUGGGCUGGGCUUGUAUGGGUCUAGCUCUGGGAAGGCUGAGUACAGCGUGAAGAUUGAACUCAAGCGGCUAGGGAUGGUCCUGGCUCAGAACCUCACCAAGUUUGUUUCAGAUGGAUCCAGCAACACAUUCCCAGUCUGGUUUGAGCACCCAGUCCAGGUGGAGCAGGACACCUUCUAUACUGCCAGUGCUGUCCUGGAUGGCAGUGAGCUCAGCUACUUUGGGCAAGAAGGAAUGACAGAGGUGCAGUGUGGAAAGGUGGCCUUCCAGUUCCAGUGCUCCUCGGACAGUACCAAUGGGACUGGAGUUCAGGGUGGACAGAUUCCAGAGCUCAUCUUCUAUGCCUGAGAUGUAAGGGUUGGAGGACACUUGCCACCAGGCUCUUCCUCCAUGGAGUCUACCCAGUAAGUGCAGUGGAGGUGCAGGACACUGCCAGCUGCCUUACUGAUACCAUUAAAGGCUUGGCUUUCUCUAUCAGCCAGAGUCUGAAACUUGACUUCUCACAGCCUGUGUCAGCUGACCCUAGAUGGCAUUCCACAGGUGGAAGGCAGACUUAGGUCCAAGGUCAUCCCUGAUCCUUGCCAGUGACACCCAAGCUUUAGGACCCUUGGGUUUCCCUCCCCCUUUGGAUUCUAAGUGGUUCCAGCCUACGUUGAGGCCUCCCAUUCAAGCCACAAAAUGCUGAAAAGUCACUUAAAAUGGUUCUAUCCUAUUUAAGUGAAUUUUCAUAAUAAAGGUUUCACAGAACAAGAACCACAUGUAGAUAAGUGACUGUAGGAAUUAAGUGGAGCACUCUCUUUCUCAAUUCCACUGAAAAGACCAUCUUGUCUGUGAGUCUGCAGUGUAAAGCUGUUAAAAAUCAAACGGUGUCUUAGGGAAGCUCAUCUAUUCCCAAGAUGCCUGUGGCUCCUGGGCUGUCUUCUCUCAAAGGCUGCAGAACUCUGCAGAAGGGUGGUACCUCACAUUCUCUUGCUGGGUUAGAUUUAAAGAGUGGGCUACAUGCUCUGCUGCCUGCUUGCUGUGGGGCGCUCUAUGUGGGUUAAGCAGGAUCCCUAGGCCCCAAGCCUCUCUCCUCCCUUGCAGUUGUGUUGUCCUGGAAAAGCAGCUGACCUUCAAAGGCCCACUAGCAGGGCAAUGGUCUCUGGGGCAAGAGUAUGUGCCUUAGCCCAGUGUGCCUACACCAGAAGCUUGGCCCUGUUGGGGCUCAAACAUAUAGUUCCAGACCCUCUGCUGUAGCCUCACGUGGUACCUCUACCAUGAGUUGAUGCUUCAGAAACCAUAAAAUCCCCAUCUUUGCAUAUGGCAAGGACCAUGGCUAGAGGGCAUCUGUUCUUGGAGUGUCCCUCAGUUGUGAGGAGACCCCUGCCUUUCUCAGGGUACCUGCUUCAAAUAGUACAGGUUCCCAACAUGAAGCACUGUACUCUUUCUCUCUGUGUCCUGGCCUUCAUUUGACAGGCGCUGGUAGGCCUUCUGAGUUUGUACCAAAAAUAAUGCCCUACUGGCAAUAUUUACCACAGAUUUUAGGAGACUUUUUUGUAACCUUUGGUGUUCUACUACUUUGACCUGACAUCCUCCUACUCUGAGAGCUUUGGCUGGUUAGUUUCCUAUCUGAGCCCAACCUACCUAUAGCUGGUGCGUUGAUGCAAAGCUCCCUUGCCAAGAGCAGGAACGUCUUCCCCAACACGUACACGUUAACCUAGGGCAAAAAGAAAGAACACAGGAAUCAGUGUUCAG